GCCCGCAUGCGCACGCGCACACGAAUGCGGGAGCACCCUUGAGUCACCUCAACAGCCGCGGGUUGGUCCCAACAGUCCAGUCGGCCGGUGCUGCCCAUCCGCCCCACCCCGCAGACGCAAGUCCGCUCGCCGGCGUCCGAGCCCGUUCGCGCGCGCGCCGUCUGCACCCCGAAAGCCACGCCCCCAGGCGCGCGCCCGCCCACCGCUCUCCACGUGCUCGCUGGAGGGCGGCGCGAGGGGCUGAGCCGACAAGAUGUUCUUGCUGCCUCUUCCGGCUGCGGGGCGAGUUGUCGUCCGACGUCUGGCGGUGAGACGUUUGGGGAGCCGGGAUCUCUCCGCCGCAGACAUGACGAAGGGCCUUGUUUUAGGAAUCUAUUCCAAAGAAAAAGAAGAUGAUGUGCCGCAGUUCACAAGUGCAGGAGAGAAUUUUGAUAAAUUGAUAGCUGGAAAGCUGAGAGAGACUUUGAACAUAUCUGGACCACCUCUGAAGGCAGGCAAGACUCGAACCUUUUAUGGUCUGCAUCAGGACUUCCCCAGCGUGGUGCUAGUUGGCCUCGGCAAAAAGGCAGCUGGAAUCGACGAACAGGAAAACUGGCAUGAAGGCAAAGAAAACAUCAGAGCUGCUGUUGCAGCGGGGUGCAGGCAGGUUCAAGACCUGGAGCUCUCUUCUGUGGAGGUGGAUCCCUGUGGGGACGCUCAGGCUGCUGCGGAGGGAGCGGUGCUUGGUCUCUAUGAAUACGAUGACCUGAAGCAAAAAAAGAAGAUGACUGUGUCCGCGAAGCUCUAUGGAAGUGGGGAUCAGGAGGCCUGGCAGAAAGGAGUCCUGUUUGCUUCUGGGCAGAACUUGGCACGCCAGUUGAUGGAGACGCCAGCCAAUGAGAUGACGCCAACCAGAUUUGCCGAAAUUAUUGAGAAGAAUCUCAAAAGUGCUAGUAGUAAAACCGAGGUCCAUAUCAGACCCAAGUCUUGGAUUGAGGAACAGGCAAUGGGAUCAUUCCUCAGUGUGGCCAAAGGAUCUGAUGAGCCCCCAGUCUUCUUGGAAAUUCACUACAAAGGCAGCCCCAAUGCAAACGAACCACCCCUGGUGUUUGUUGGGAAAGGAAUUACCUUUGACAGUGGUGGUAUCUCCAUCAAGGCUUCUGCAAAUAUGGACCUCAUGAGGGCUGACAUGGGAGGAGCUGCAACUAUAUGCUCAGCCAUCGUGUCUGCUGCAAAGCUCAAUUUGCCCAUUAAUAUUAUAGGUCUGGCCCCUCUUUGUGAAAAUAUGCCCAGCGGCAAGGCCAACAAGCCAGGGGAUGUUGUUAGAGCCAGGAACGGGAAGACCAUCCAGGUUGAUAACACUGAUGCUGAGGGGAGGCUCAUACUGGCUGAUGCGCUCUGUUACGCACACACAUUUAACCCAAAGGUCAUCCUCAAUGCUGCCACCUUAACAGGUGCCAUGGAUGUAGCUUUGGGGUCAGGUGCCACUGGGGUCUUUACCAAUUCGUCCUGGCUUUGGAACAAACUCUUCGAGGCCAGCAUUGAAACAGGGGACCGUGUCUGGAGGAUGCCUCUCUUCGAACAUUAUACAAGACAGGUUGUAGAUUGCCAGCUUGCUGAUGUUAACAACAUUGGAAAAUAUAGAUCUGCGGGAGCAUGUACAGCUGCAGCAUUCCUGAAAGAAUUCGUGACUCAUCCUAAGUGGGCACAUUUAGACAUAGCAGGCGUGAUGACCAACAAAGAUGAGGUUCCCUAUCUCCGGAAAGGCAUGACCGGGAGGCCCACAAGGACUCUCAUCGAGUUCUUACUUCGUUUCAGUCAAGACAAUGCUUAGUUCAGAUACUCAAAAAUCUGAACUGUCUUAAAUUGGACAGUUGAACUUAAAAGGUUUUUGAAUAAAUUCAUGAAAAUCUUUUAACGGAGACAAAGGAUGGUAUUUAAAAAUGUAGAACACAAUGAAAUUUGUAUGCCUUGAGUUUUUUUUCAUUUUACACAAAGAUUUAUAAAGGUAAAGUUAAUAUCUUACUUGACAAGGAUUUUUAAGAUACUCUAUAAAUGAUUAAAACUUUUAGAACUUCCUAAUCACUUUUCAGAGUAUAUGUUUUUAAUUGAUAAGCAAAAUUGUACCUCAGAUUUGUGAUGCUAGGAACAUGAGCAAACGGAAAAUUACUAUGCACUUGUCAGAAACAAUAAAUCCAACUUUUGUGCCCUC